AUGGAUGAAAUAGAGAGAGUGGAGGGGCGCAAAAGCAUUGCUCAGUUUCGCAAGAGUAUCUACGGCGGUGAUGAAGUCGAAUUCGCCGAUAUUUUUCAAUUCGAUAUUGAUGAAGACGAUCAUAAGAAAAUAUUACAAGUGAUGAGGGACUCUCUUCAGCGUUUACCUGAUAGCUUUCGAAGCAAUAUUUUGGACCGAUUCAUAGAGGAACAUCCCGAGUUAAACUGGAAGAUUGAGACAACUGGGGAGAAAGACGAAGAUCAAGACAAUUUAGAAGACAUUUUGAAAACAUUUCGUUUUGACAGCUUAAUUCCCUCGCGUUGGGUGGAAGUUCACGAGACAUUUGACAGAAAAUUGCGUCCGUUUGCGAGCGCUUUCAUGAUCAGAGAUUCUGAAAAGUUUUGGGCCAUAAUUCAAGCGACUAAGGUAGCACAUUUCGAGCCGGUACGCACCUAUGCGGUUGAAAAAUUAGGCAACGACAUUAACAAUUCUCUGUAUAUGAUCUUUAAAAUGAAUCUAUGCAAAGAUGAGGACUUCAAACUAGGCGACUUGGAGCAUUUUCAUGUUUUCAGUUGGACGGACGAUCGAUUUUUCGCCAGAAGACAUAUGAAAGGUAUUGCUUGGGUUGAUAUUUUUAUAAAAUCUUUAACAGAAGAAUGUUUGGACGCAUUCAAAUUGCGUUAUGAUAUUACGGAAUUGGUGCGACUGUUGAAACCGCUACUAUCAAGCUUCUAUAGCGCAAAUCCUGAGUUCAUAAAAGAAAGCAAAGAAGUUAUUGAAAAUGCACGUCUAUUGCUGGGUUUUCAUGACAAAGUCAUGAAAGAACUGGAAGAGAACCUCGAAUUUUUCUGCAGCAAAGUCAAUCAGAUCACUAAUAUUUCACUCAACCGUCGAAGUGUGAACCGUGAUGUGGUAAAAAACUACUUUGAACUGGAAACAUUGGCCUAUGUUGUUCGUGAUCCUAUCGAGAAACGUUAUCAAAUCAAUUACUAUAAGCAAAAGACCGCAGACUGGCAGUGCUACUUCGAAAACCAAGAGCGUCAAAUUGAGGAAAAAUUACUUAAAGUUAAGAAGAAGCAUAACGCCGAAGUAUACUGUCAUUCAUCCAUGAUGCAGUGCAUAUACGGCAUAAUUGAGGACUACAAACGGCGCAUUGAAGGACUGUCUCAAGAAUAUGAUCGGCGUUUCAAUGAAGUCGAAGAGAAGAAUCACAAACUUAAAACCAAUAUGGAUAAAAUAAAGAUUCAAACCGACUUUUUAAUGGCCGAAAAGGACUACAUGCAAAUGCGUAUUGAGGAAAUGCAAAAGGGCAAGGAGGUAAAACUUCCGAAAAGGAAAAAACGCUCCCUCAUUUCGAUGUUAUCAAGUGCCAGCGUAAGAGAAUUGAAGAAGAAACGCUCCAAGUUAAAUUAACUAAAUAACGGUAUAUAUUCAUUUAGUAGUGCAUAAGUAACGGUAUUGCAUAGAAUAGAAAUUCAAAAAGGCUUUCAAGAAAUAUACUAUGGAUAUUUGUAUUGACACAA